CGAAAAGCAUACAUCGUGACACAACAAUAUCGGGAUCAAAUCCAAGACUACAUUAAUAUGAAACUAUACCAAAUCCUUACUCUAACAAGUGGGGUCGGAGCUGUCUGGCCUGCCUUUCUCGGGUCCUCGGCCUGCAAUAUUGAGUCCAAGGCAAAUGUCCCCGGCGUUCUGGCUGUUGCAGCUAAGGCAUCCAGAGAAUUCGCCACGGAGACCCUUCCGCAUGCGAUUGACCAAAGCACGAAAUGGGUCGUUGCAAACCCCUUUUCAUGCGGUGGUGCAGUGGUCGGGCUGCUUUCUAUGGCCGCACCCGGGCUGGUGGCAACUCCUCUACUGGGCGCCAUGGGUUUCGGGGCAGAGGGUAUUAUUGCGAGUUCCUAUGCGGCCACCAUCCAGAGCGCCUUCGGUAGCAUUAUAUCACCUUCCCUAUUCGCGACAUUGCAGAGCGCCGGCGCUGGUGGAUAUGGAGUGGCAAAGGUGUACUCAGCCAUCCAAGUGAGUGGCGCAAUUACUUCGUCCGUGGUUGCUUGGGUAAAGUCAAAGUCGGGAUUGAAGGCUGUUGAGAGCUCUCCGAGGGCGGCGCAGGCUAGCUACUUCAAUUUGAAUACCGACAACUUUGUCCUAACCGAUGGAUCCAUCAUCGUGGGACUGGUGGCAGCGGUGGGUCUAGGUAUUCUUAUAGCUUCCCAACGGCGAAGAGUGAAAGGGGGAACCUAGAAUUUGGGUGGUGAUAUCAAGAUCGGCAAUUGGAAAUGAUUAAGAGUUCCUAAAAGGCAAGAGUUAAAGGAACAUAUAGUCGUGUCAAAAGUUACUAAUCUAAAUUGACUGGGAUACGUG